CAACGUGCUCAUACCCUGCCAAUAGCUAGAGACCUUUUCAGAGACCUGCGGCAGGAGAGAAUGUGGUAAAGACAAGUUUCCUGUUCGCCAGGAAACAGCACUUGCCUUGUUUGCUUGCAGUUUGAAGCAAGUGCCAUGUUAAUGAGGAAGCAAGAGCGAGUGAGCAGGGAAGGGGCUGGGUUCCCUCCACCCCCAAGAAUGCAGGGGCUGGACAUUCCUUGUGCUCUGAUGCUGAUCAGCCAGUCCUUGUGCAUUGAACAGCCCCAGUCUCCCCGAUAACAUGUUGCGACAGCUGGGGCUCAGAUAGGCACAAGAAACUUUGCCUCUGUUGAUCUUCAGGCUGGAGCCAUGAGAAGCACUUGCAGGUCUCCUGCCAGUCUCUCUACCAGCCACUGGUUUCCCAUUCAUUAUUAGAAAUACAGAAACCCCCUUUUCCUCUCUUCAGGUCUUCAACUCUGAGGGGUGGAAACAAAGUCCUGUUCCCAGCAGCUGUGUUUGUGUUAUCUGAGUUCUGAAAUGCGGAGCAAGGUCAGUGCACCAGACCGAACUUUGUCUCAACCUCGCUUGUUUCCUUCCUCUUCCACAGUAUGUUUGCCCCCUCACAGCUGAGUGGAUCGCUGGCAUGACAGACUUCUGACCAUUAGGAGGGAAGUGACUAUAGCUUUGCAUUUCUGCUGGCAUAUACAGGCUCGAAUGUUACAAACAGUAUCUGAGCCCUUCUUUGUUGACUAAGGGGGUGGAAAAUUGUAAGAGCAGGCAUCCUGUCCUCAGCAUCGUGUAAACUUCUGAUGAUGCAGAAGCUUGGCAGCGGAAGCAGUUUCGUCUGGUGAUUAUGGGACUGCUCUUUAACCUGCAUCAAGAUGCGCCUUCAGAAAUCAAAAUAAGGAGACAAACAAAUUAGUAGGCACUAACUGUGGAGCAGAGACUUCAGGAUGUCCCACACAGUAACUUUCACCUUUCGUGCUCCUGAGAACACUGAGGCUAAGGGCGAGGACACAAGUCCAUAUGAUGAAGGUGCCGUCCACGAUUCCUUCCAUCAGCUCAUCCAGGAGCAGAGCCAGUUGGCUGAACAAGAGAUGGUGGAGAUGGAGGACCUGGCUUCAAGGGGCAGAGAGGCUGGAGAAUCACCAGAGGAAACAGUGGAACAUCCCGAUUUCUCCUCCACCACACUGAGGAUCCUUGCCAGCAUGCCAAGCAGAACUAUUGGCCGUAGCAGAGGAGCCAUCCUGUCCCAGUAUUAUAAUCGCACUGCCAGAUUGCGCCGCAGGAGCAGCCGUGUACCAUUGCAAAAAGUGUCCCGCUCUGCACGUCCCAGUGUUCGGCAGCUUGAUCUAGAGCUGGAUUCUGGUCAGGAGGAAGAAGAAACCAAGCGUACCUUGUUGGUGAAAGAACUUCGGAGCCUACCAGCAAAUCAGCGUAUUAACAUGCUUCAAGCAAUGCCUCUAAGUCUGACUGAAAAGCGUCGACUCAGGCAAGAUUCAAGUGGCUACUCAGGGACCUUGCAAAAACCCAAGACGACUGCUCCUUUGUCACAGUGCAGCCGGCUUAAAUACCACAUCAUUAUAGGUUUCCGGAAUCUCUGGUACAGCCUGCUGUCCCUCCUUCACACUCUCCAGCCCUGGCAUUAUUCUCUCAAGCAGAUCAGUGGUCGCUUUGGAUCCAGCAUCCUUUCUUAUUUCCUGUUCGUCAAGACUUUGCUUAUGUUUAAUCUCUUCUUGCUCCUGAUUCUGCUGGUCUUUGUAGUUGCCAUGCAGGCUACUUACCCUCCUGCCACACGCAACAGAGAACCCUUUACAGGGCUUGAGCUCUUCACUGGAGCCGGAUACUUCACUCACACUCUGUUGUAUUACGGCUACUACAGUAAUUUCACACUGAAUGACCCCUGCGCUUCCAGUUCUAAUGUCACACAUUGCAGGCAGCCCAGUCAGGUCCAGCUGCCCUACAACAUGCCCCUGGCCUACCUGUUUGUCACUGGGGUCUCUUUCUUUGUGACAUGCAUUCUUCUAGUGUACAGCACAUCUCGCUCCUUUGGGGAGAGCUACCGUGUGGGCAGUGCAUCGGGGGAGCUGGCUGUUAAGGUCUUCUGUGCCUGGGACUACAAGGUGAUCCAGAAGCGCUCUGUCCUACUUCAGAGUGAAAACAUCUGCACUCAGCUGAAGGAGUGUCUGGCUGAACACUGGGCUAGAUCGAAUCCAUUAAACCUGUGUAAGAGACUGCAAAGGAUGGCCAUCCUGUUGAUGUCCUGGGCUGUAUCCCUGGGUAUUGUUCUGGGCUGUGCCAUUGGUGUUUACUACUUCUCAGAGUACAUCCAUCAGGUUCACCAGGACAAGUUCUCAGCAAGCAACCGUGCUGGCAAAGAAGCUCUCCUGUUGUUCCUGCCACUGCUGGUGUCUCUGAUAAACCUAUUGGUGCCAUAUAUGUACAACCUCCUGGCCGCUUGGGAGAAGCAGGAGUCUCCAGUCCUAGAGGUGUAUGUUGCUAUCUGCAGGAACUUAAUUCUUAAGAUGGUUAUUCUAGGCCUGCUCUGUUACCACUGGCUGAGUCGGGAAGUGACCUCUUCAAAGAUUCAGUGCUGGGAGACCUUUGUAGGGCAGGAGCUCUAUCGCUUGGUGGUGAUGGAUUUCAUUUUCACCCUCUUGGAUACUUUCUUUGGAGAGCUGAUGUGGAGAGUGAUUUUAGAGAAGAAGUUGCAACGUAAACAGAGACCGGAGUUUGACAUUGCUAGAAAUGUGCUGGAAUUGAUUUAUGGACAAUCCCUGACCUGGCUGGGUGUCUUUUUUGCCCCACUCCUCCCUGCUGUCCAAAUCCUCAAGUUGCUGCUCUUGUUUUAUAUAAAGAAGGCCAGUUUGAUGAGAAAUUGUCAGUCUCCCAGUAAACCCUGGCGUGCAUCCCACAUGAGUACCAUCUUCAUCACUUUGUUGUGCUUCCCUUCAUUCCUGGGCGCCUCCAUAUUCCUCUCCUACACCAUAUGGGCAGUAAGACCCUCAGAGAUGUGUGGACCCUUCCAAAGUUUUGAGACCAUCUAUGAUUCUGGGAAGACAUGGGUAGUGGAUCUAGAGCAAUCUAGCCCAAAUCUUACCUGGUUUACCUGGAUCCAUCAGCAUCUGAUCCAAAAUAGCUUCUUUUUGUUUUUAAUUUCUGGAAUUUUGCUAGCUGUGAUCUACCUCAACAUUCAAGUGGUGAAGGGACAACGGAGAAUCAUCACCCUCCUGAAGGAGCAGAUUGCCAACGAAGGAGAAGAUAAGAUGUUUCUCAUUGAGAAGCUUCAUACUAUAUAUGGGAAAUGAGAGAACCAUGCAGCAGAAAAUAAGGCUCUUGAGACUGGAAGCAGCUCCAGAUGAGAGGUGGCUGUGAGGUGCAAGAACAAGUGGAAUAAUCCAGCAUUCCUGUUGCUGCCAAACUUCAUUUUAAAGCACGGACACCUGGUUCAAAGGAAUCUAGGCAGAGGGAACCACUUCACAAUAACAAGAUUAUGCACCAUUACAUCAUUUUUGCACUGGAAAUUGGAAAUCUUUAGUUCCAUUCCUGGAACAGGAUAACAGAACAGUGGAUUUGCUCAUUCUGUUCAGAAUACUCCUGGGACAAAAAAAUUAAGAGAAAGAAUGAAGGAGGA